GAUAAGACUCACCCCCUUUGCUUACACUCCACUAUUCCACUGAUAACUUCCAUCUCCAGCCACCACCGCCUCCACCACAUGGCUGCCUCUCCAAGCUCCUUAUCCACCUUCUCCUCCCUUUCCAUUCAUCACCCACCACGCCUUUCCCAUCUCCCCUCUUCUCACCCCUCCCUCUCCCCUUUAAAAAACCCCAAAUAUUCCCUAUUUCUCCUUCCCAAAGUCACAAAAAUCAGCCCCGUCAAGGCUACUUCUGGUGGUGCGGAAACAAUUUAUUUUGACAAUGUAGACCCGGAAGAAGUCUCCACAUUCGACCCACCAGAGCGCCCAGAGGACUUUGUUCCACCUCCUCCUUUUGACGAAGGGCCAAUUGAGACAGAAGAUGAAAUAGCCCGAGGGUAUGAAGAAAUCUAUGGGCCAGCAUACAGUGGUGAAACUUUUCUUGGAAAUGACAUCUAUGUGAUGGAUCCUAAGGUGAAAAAGACAAGUGGGUUUGGUUCACAAGGCCAGAGAGAAAAGGUUAAAGAUGGGUUUGAGGAGAGAGUGGUGCAAGUGAGCAGAGUGACCAAAGUUGUUAAAGGCGGCAAGCAAUUGCAUUUCAGGGCUGUGGUUGUUGUGGGUGAUAAAAAGGGACAAGUUGGUGUUGGAGUUGGGAAAGCUAAGGAAGUUGCUGUUGCUGUUCAGAAAUCUGCUGUUAAUGCUAGAAGGAAUGUCAUCACAGUGCCCAUGACCAAGUAUCUGACAUUUCCUCACAGAUCUGAUGCGGAUUAUGGGGCGGCAAAAGUCAUGCUUAGACCUGCAUCUCCGGGUACUGGAGUGAUUGCUGGUGGAGCUGUGAGGAUUGUUCUAGAAUUGGCUGGAGUUGAGAAUGCUUUGGGCAAGCAGCUUGGAAGUAACAAUCCCCUCAAUAAUGCAAGAGCAACUGUCGUGGCUGUGCUGAAGAUGAGGCAAUUUAGUGAAGUUGCACAAGAGCGUGGUAUUCCAAUGGAAGAGCUUUGGAAGUGAAGGACUUGACCAAAUCUUUGUUGUCAGACUUCUCUCUGUAGAUCCAACUACUCAGCAAUGUAGUCCCACAUACAGUUUUUCUCAAAUAUUAUGUAUGUUGUUAUCAAAUCUGUACUUAGUACACUUCUUGAUUCAGAAACUUGUGGGAAAAGAGAACAAAAGAAAAAACAGAAAACCAUCCCUCGUAUUUGAGGAGAUUUUCCUUCAUCCUCUUUUUGUGUCAUAAUCUAACUUUUUAGUGCAUUGUUAACAAA